GUAAUAACAUAGUUUAAUACUGAAAAUGAGUAGACUAUUCCUUUAAGUAAGUAUUUGUGUAUACAAAAAAGUCAUAAUUUUAAUAUAUUUGUAACGUAAAAAAGCAUGUAAAUCCAUUAUUUGAUUUGAUACAUGUCCCUGCUCCUCCUCUUUAUCCAUUAAGGCGUCCUUGGACUAAAAAAGGUUGAAGACCUCAGGUCUUAGGUAUUAAAAUGCUUAAAGUACUGCAUUUGAAAAUUGUAUUUUGGAUUUAUUUGUGAAAUCAGCUGUUUGUGUGCUUGGGUUUUUUGGGCGAGACAGUGGGCUGGCGGUGUGCUGUAAACCGGAGCUUCAGAUGGUUCUGGAGAGGAGGAAGAGGGAGCAGAGCCAGAAGGAGGAGGGAGAGCAAAACAGGAGCCCGCUGGAGCAAGUCCUCCUCAAACGCCAGCAGAAACAUCAGGAGAUGAUGAAGGAGAAGGAGGAGGAGCAGAAGUUACAUGAGGAGGUUCAGCUCUUGGAGUUUGUACGAGUAAGACAGAACCUGAAGAAAGUUCAUUCGGCUCUACAAAGGAACAUUCACCCCUGAACGUCUUCAGCACAAGCAGGAAUUAUUCAUUUGGCCAUGAAGAUUUAUUUUGAAAUAAUGUACACGGUGUUUGCAUUAUAUCUGACUGUUUGAUUCAUUUUUAAUCUGUUACAUUUUACAGUUCUUGUCUUUUUUCAAAUACCAUAGUUACUACAAUUAGUUAUAGACCAUACUACUAUAAAAUCAUAGCAAGUCUAUAGUAUACUUGAACGAUGUAAUUUUUUUAUUGUUGAAAUCUAUUACAAAACAGACAGAAUUAUGAUACAGAGGUGGUAUGGCAACACUACGGUAAAGACUACACUGUAAAAAGUAAAAGUUAGAUCAACUUAAAAAAAUAAUACUUCAAUUGGUAACGCCUAAAAUGGAAGGUUUUUUUACAUACUUUUUUCACUUUAGGGGAAAAUUUAAAGAGCACCUAUUGUCCGAUUCACGUUUUACAUUUCCUUUGGUGUGUAAGUGUGUACAUGUUAACGAUAUGCAAAAGGUACAAACCCCAAAGUAAAUGAUGACAUGAGUUAUCGUCUCCAACGUAAAUCUCUUUUCUUGAUACGGAGUAGAGCCCUGCAAGCCCAUUUGGGCCGGGCUCGGGCAGUUUUUUUUACACACCGGGCUCGGGUCGGGCUCGGGCUUAUUUUAGCGUCUCUCCUCAUUGUGUGUAUGUGUGUUUGCGUGUGUAGAGACCGCGUAUCUGAGAGCGAGCAUCCAAGAGAGAGAGCAUGCAUCAAAGAGCGCGCACAUCAGAGAGAGCUUAAAAGUGAUUGAUAUUGGUCUCGGAUCGGGUCGGGUCGGGUUCAGGCUGAAAAAAUUGCAGACAUUGUCGGGCUGGGGUCGGGUAGGGCUUGAACACUACGGGCCGGGUUAGGGCUGGAGUUUUUGGCCCGUGCAGGGCUCUAAUAAAGAGCCUCACAUUUCUGUGGUGUCAGAGGAAUUCAGGCCAAUCACAAAGUACAGAUUAGCUGACCAAUCAGGAACACAGCUUUUCAAAUCCGUGCAUUUCAGGAAAAGAGUCAAAUCUGGAGCUACAAAAAUGUACGGUAUGUGGAGAAUAAUGUGUUUUUAACCAUAAACCACGUGAACACAUUGUAUUAUACCAAAUACACAAAAUAACAUUGUUUUUAGCAAUGAAAUAGGUGCUUUUUAAGUUGAAAAUGUUUAAAUAUUUUAGGUGUUACUAAUUGAGAUUUUUUUAAGUUGAUCAAACUUUUACUUUUAACAGCGUAUUAGCAAGUUUUAGUUUCAUAUUAAAAUUUGGUAGUAUUAUCAUGGUACCACAAAGCAUUAUAUUAUAUUAUAUUCUUUCAUACAUUCAUCUAUUUAUUUAUUGUGUACCAAUAACUGGAAUAAAAACAUGGUAGAUUUUGUACGGGGUGGUAUUCAUCAACUGAUUUGUAAUCAUUGUCAAUAUUCUUGUAAAUUUUAUUUCUAAAGUUUGAUUGAAUUUUAAUAAAAAUCAAUUCAAAACGGAAAAAAGUCUAAU